ACGGACUCACGCGCCCGCCCCGGUGCCCUGCUGCCCGCUCGCGCCUGCUUCCACUGUCCCGGCGGGUCGCUGCUGGGAUCCCCGAAAGCACGACGCUGGCCGCCGUGGAGCCGAGCACGCGGGCCCGGGCCUCCGCGCUGGGUCCGCCGUACGCCAAGAUGGCGGCGGCGCACUUCCGUCGCGUACUUCCGACCCCGCCCGCGCCUGCGCCCGUUCGGCCCGGAUUGGCCACGGCGGCGGCCCGUCGCGUCGCUCUGCGGAACCGUCGGAGCGACGCCGCGCUCAGUCGGCGGCUCUGGAGGAAAGAUGGACGCAGCUACUCUGACCUACGACACUCUCCGAUUUGCUGAGUUUGAAGAUUUCCCUGAAACCUCGGAGCCUCUUUGGAUCCUGGGUAGAAAGUACAGCAUCUUCACAGAAAAGGACGAGAUCUUGGCCGAUGUGGCGUCGAGACUUUGGUUUACAUACAGGAAGAACUUCCCGGCCAUUGGGGGCACCGGCCCCACCUCGGACACGGGCUGGGGCUGCAUGCUGCGAUGUGGACAGAUGAUCUUUGCCCAAGCCCUGGUGUGCCGGCACCUGGGCCGAGACUGGAGGUGGACGCGGCGGACGAGGCAGCCGGACAGCUACUUCAGCGUCCUGCACGCAUUCCUGGACAGGAAGGACAGCUGUUACUCCAUCCACCAGAUAGCACAAAUGGGAGUUGGCGAGGGCAAGUCCAUCGGCCAGUGGUACGGGCCCAACACCGUCGCCCAGGUCCUCAAGAAGCUCGCCGUCUUCGACACGUGGAGUGCCCUGGCCGUUCACGUAGCGAUGGACAACACGGUGGUCAUGGAGGACAUCAGAAGGUUGUGCAGGAGCAGCCUUCCUUGUGCUGGGGCCGCAGCGUUUCCUGUAGAUCCCGAGCGACACUGUAACGGGUUCCCGGCUGGGGCCGAGGUCAGCAGCAGGCCAUCGCCAUGGAGACCCCUGGUGCUGCUCAUCCCGCUGCGCCUCGGGCUCACGGACAUCAACGCGGCCUACGCGGAGACACUGAAGCACUGCUUCAUGAUGCCCCAGUCCCUGGGCGUGAUUGGAGGGAAGCCCAACAGUGCCCGCUACUUCAUCGGCUACGUGGGUGAGGAACUCAUCUACCUGGACCCUCACACCACGCAGCCAGCCCUGCAGGCCGCUGAGCACUGCCCGAUCCCGGACGAGAGCUUCCACUGCCAGCACCCGCCCAGCAGGAUGAGCAUCGCAGAGCUCGACCCGUCCAUCGCCGUGGGGUUUUUCUGUGGGACCGAGGAGGACUUUGACAACUGGUGCCAGCAAGUGAAAAAGCUGUCCCUCCUUGGAGGCGCCCUGCCAAUGUUUGAGCUGGUGGAGCGGCAGCCCUCCCACCUGGCCUGUCCUGACGUCCUGAACUUGUCCUUAGAUUCUUCUGACGUAGAGCGACUGGAAAGAUUCUUUGACUCAGAAGAUGAAGACUUUGAAAUCUUGUCCCUUUGAGGAUCCUGCAGUUGGGGGACGGUCUCACUGGCCCCGCAAGGGCGCUCGGCCGCCGCAUCUCAUCCCGCCCGCCCGCCGUCCGCCCACACAGAGGCCCGCGCCACUGGAGACCCAAGCGCCAGGCACCCACGAGGGGCUCUCCCGCCGCACUGCCAGCCCUGCCCGGCCCCGCUUCCUCCUGGGCUCCAGGCCCGGGUUCGCUUUGGAAUUAAAGUCCUCUUUGAAGUUUCGUGACGGACAUGGCUUCUGUUGGGCGUGUCCUGAGCCAGGCUCCGAAGACGCGGCCUCCGGGGCCAUCGCGGCGGGAGAAGGGGCCGAGGAACCACGGCCCGGGUCUCCCGGCAUUGGGAGGCGAGGAGCACGGGGUGGGGGCGGGGAGGCCCAAAGACGUCGCCGCGCAGGUGGCGCCGGCACCGACGCGCCGCCAGAGCCGCAGGUGAGGCCGCGGGGCCCCGAGCUGCUGCUUGCCUGCCGCUCCAGCGUCCCCGGGGCCUUCCUCCGCCUCCCGGUCAGCGAGGCUUUGGAUGGUUUGGGGCCGGAGGGUCAAACCUCAGCUCUGCCUCUGCGCCUCGUGCCCGCUGGAGACUCGCGGACGGACGCCGGCAGCCGCCUCCUUCAUUCAGCCUGCGUUCUGGGCCCCGGGCGCCGCCCCACGCGGUGGCUCUCGCCCCACCAGGGAGCGCAGACGGGGGUUGC